AUGUUUUUCUUUUCUUCUCCUCUGAUGUCUUUGGUUACCCACUUGACAAAAUUUCUUUCUUCAGGUAAUGAGAAUCGAACAUGCUAUGGCAACUUGUUUACAUGCAACAAUGGCAAAUGCAUUUCUCAACACUGGGUCUGUGAUGGAGAUAAUGAUUGCUUAGAUGGUUCUGAUGAAGCUGAAAAUCUUAACUGUGGUGAAAGAACCUGUCCACCGGAAUAUUUUACCUGCAAUUCAAAUCUUCGAAUAGGCAGUUCUCGUUGUAUUCAUCAGCGCUUUGUUUGUGAUGGUGAUAAAAACUGUUUGGACGGAGAAGAUGAAUUGCAGUCAUGUCCACCACGAACUUGCAGUGAGGAUGAAUUUGUUUGUGCCAAUGGAUUUUGCAUCAAAUCUCUCUUCUACUGUGACCAUGACAACGACUGUGGUGACAAUUCAGACGAACCAAACAAUUGUGAAUAUCCAAGUUGCGAUGUUAACUUCUUCACAUGUGAUAACAAACGAUGCAUUCCACAAAGAUGGGUCUGUGACAAUGAUAAUGACUGCCAUGACAAUUCUGAUGAGAAAGCAUCAAUGUGUUACAUCAACGAGUGUGAAAAUACAGAGCUGAAUCAAUGUCAACACAAAUGCAUUGACACAAUCACGAGUUUCCAUUGUGAAUGCCGUCCUGGUUUUUCCCUCAUGAAUGAUAAAAAAGCCUGUAAAGACAUCAAUGAAUGUGAAGUCAGCCCUGAAGUGUGUAGUCAACAGUGCUUUAAUAAAAUGGGAAAUUACACGUGCAAGUGUAACGAAGGAUACUCAAAAGAAAAUGAUCAGCGUAGAUGCAAGAGGAAAGACAACAUUACUCCAUGGUUAGUGUUCUCCAAUCGUUACUAUAUCAGAGAAUUAUCCACAGAUGGCCAGAUCUACCUGUUCAUAUAUGUCUUAGUCUGUCCAUAUAUAUCUACCUCUGUCUGUUUAUAUCUAUCUAUCCCUGUUCAUAUCUAUCUAUCUAUCUCUCUACCUCUGUCUGUUUAUAUCUAUCUAGCCAUCUUCAUAUCUGUCUACCUCUGUCUGUUUAUAUCUAUCUGGCCCUCUUCAUAUCUGUCUACCUCUGUCUGUUUAUAUCUAUCUAGCCCUCUUCAUAUCUGUCUACCUCUGUCUGUUUAUAUCUAUCUAGCCCUCUUCAUAUCUGUCUACCUCUGUCUGUUUAUAUCUAUAUAUCCCUCUUCAUAUCUAUCUAUCUGUCUACCUCUGUCUGUUUAUAUCUAUAUAUUCCUCUUCAUAUCUAUCUAUCUGUCUACCUCUGUCUGUUUAUAUCUAUCUAUCCCUCUUCAUAUCUGUCUACCUCUGUCUGUUUAUAUCUAUAUAUCCCUCUUCAUAUCUAUCUACCUCUGUCUUUUUAUAUCUAUAUAUCCCUCUUCAUAUCUAUCUAUCUGUCUACCUCUGUCUGUUUAUAUCUAUAUAUCCCUCUUCAUAUCUAUCUAUCUGUCUACCUCUGUCUGUUUAUAUCUAUCUGUCCCUGUUCAUAUCUAUCUAUCUGUCUUCCUCUGUCUGUUUAUAUCUAUCUAUCCCUCUUCAUAUCUGUCUACCUCUGUCUGUUUAUAUCUAUAUAUCCCUCUUCAUAUCUAUCUACCUCUGUCUUUUUAUAUCUAUAUAUCCCUCUUCAUAUCUAUCUAUCUGUCUACCUCUGUCUGUUUAUAUCUAUCUGUCCCUGUUCAUAUCUAUCUAUCUGUCUUCCUCUGUCUGUUUAUAUCUAUCUAUCCCUCUUCAUAUCUGUCUACCUCUGUCUGUUUAUAUCUAUAUAUCCCUCUUCAUAUCUAUCUACCUCUGUCUUUUUAUAUCUAUAUAUCCCUCUUCAUAUCUAUCUAUCUGUCUACCUCUGUCUGUUUAUAUCUAUCUGUCCCUGUUCAUAUCUAUCUAUCUGUCUUCCUCUGUCUGUUUAUAUCUAUCUAUCCCUCUUCAUAUCUAUCUGUCUGUCUACCUCUAAAAUUAUAUUGGGUUGACCGAUUUACUGCUUCUAUGUAUGUCUGUGAAUUAAAUGGCACAAAUCGUGCCACUCUGUUAAUGAGAAACAGUUCCGAUCACAGAGGACUAAGUCGACCAAGAGCAAUUAUUGUUGACCCCAGUCAUGGAUAUCUUUAUUGGUCCGAUUGGGGAGUCCAGCCUUGUAUUGGCCGACUUGGAAUGGAUGGCUCUGGUUACACUCUUAUUAUCACAGAGAAAUUAGGAUGGCCGAACGGAUUAACAAUUGACUAUGAAACUAACAGAUUAUGGUGGGCUGAUGCACAUUUAGACUACAUUGAGUGA